CAGGGACGUGGUCCACUUCAGACCUCUGUAGCUUUGACUGUUCUCAGAAAUGCCAUCAGAGGAGUUUGUCCGUGGGAUGCUCUAUCUGUCCCUCACUGUUGUGGGAAUUCCAGGUAACAUUGCCGUCAUCCUGGCAUUCCUCCUCUUGCUGUACCAGGAGAACCGGCUCCUCCCAGCUGAUGCCAUUGUCCUGCACCUGGCCUGCGUCAACCUGCUGGUGGUGGUCGUUCGCUGUCUUCUGGAGACCCUGGCCUCCUUCCGCCUGGCCAGCAUCUUUGGAGACUUGGGCUGUAAAGCUGUGAUCUUUGGCUACAGAACAUUCCGUUCCCUCUCAAUCUGGCUCACCUUCGUCCUGAGUGCCUACCAGUGCCUGAGUAUCGCCCCUCCCGGAUCACGCUGGGCCUCCGUCCGCACCUUGGUAGCCCACUAUUUGUGGUUUCUGUUCCUCGUUCUCUGGCUCAUCAACACCUGCAUGAGCUCGGCAGCCAUACUCUUCUCCUUCGGCACCAAGAAUAACUCAAGCUUAAUAAACCACGGCAUCAAUGUAGAAUUCUGCUACGUUUACUUUCCUUCAAAGUUGUCCAAAGAGGCAAAUGGGGCAGCCCAGGUGGGCAGAGAUGUGGUGCCUAUGGCCCUCAUGACUCUAGCUAGUCUGAUCAUUCUGGUCUUCCUUUACAAGCACAGCCAGCAGGUGAAAGGGCUCCGCAGCAGCAGUAGUGGUGGCGGUGGGGGAAGUGGUGGGGCUGAGCAACGAGCUGCCAAAGCUGUGGUAGCACUUGUGACCUUGUAUGUGGUCCUCUAUGGAGUAGAUAAUGGACUUUGGGUGUACACUCUCACAGUGAGGACAACCAUGAAAUCCUCCCUGAUCUCUGACCUGCGUAUAUUCUUCUCCUCACUCUAUGCAGCACUAAGCCCCGUGGUCAUAAUUGCAUCCAACAGGAAGGUGAAUGGCAGACUGAGGUGUGUAGUGCAGGAGAAGCCUGUUCAGGAGAAAGCCACAAGUCUCUCUACUAUGUGAGGCCUGAUGGGAUGGCUGAUUACUCACAGGGCAGCAGAGGAAGACGAUAUAUAUUGGGUAAAUAAUGUUUAUGAUAGGAAUUGCUGGAGAGACUCUUAUUUCCUCUGUAGUGUUUGUGAAUUCAUAAUAAUUCAUAAUAUUUAUUCAAAUAUCUUGACUUUUCAGAUAUGUUGUGAAAUAACUGAUGAGGGUUUAACACCUGUAGCUGUGGAUGAGAUGGUGUACCUGUGGGCAGGGGGAACCUAUUGUCUCACUGUCUAUAAUUAUGGAAGAAAACUGUCAUAACAACCCUGUUACUCAAUACAGGUCUGUAUGAAUCUCUGCUGAUCUGGCACUAUGUUGCUUUGUUUGUUUAUUCGUUAUGUUCUCUCCAUCUUAAUUGGAUGGAAGAAUUAUAGCUGGGUGACAGUGUAGCUGUCAAAUGACUUCCAGCUGCCCAUUUAGCUAUAAUUAAGGCUUUGAAUAGAGUCUGGGAAAUGUCCCGUGCUAACGAGGCAGGUUAAUUGUCCCGCAGAGAAUUGGUUAAAAACCUGAUGGGACUAUAUUCUAAACUAUAUUCUUUAGAGAAAAAGAGAUGAAAAAGAUGUUCUUUACUCAGUACUGAAUUACUCAAUACAAUGCUGACAAUGUAUGCGAGUAUGAGUUCUUUGAGUGCAGUUAUAAGAAGAGGAGACUUUAAGGACGCAAAGCUUCGGCUUGGCACAAGCCCUGAAGAGUUUGCUGUGGAUGUGGCAAUGUGGGAAUUUAGGAAUCAUUAUGUAAUUGCCUUGUCUUGGAGAAGCAAGGGCAGAAAGACAGGCUGAAGACAUAACAACCUCUGUGAGUGACAGUCCAAAAGACAUAAAGUGGGGCUGCCAGCACUCUGUGAUCUUGCUACAACUCUAAAGUGCAAUCAGUGCAGCGCUAUUCAACUGCUGUCACAAUGCAGGUAGGGAGGAGAAGUUCUCUUUCUGUGCUUGUGCAGAACUGUUGCAUCCAAUACCAGGUUCUCAUCAAAAGAUAUGAAAGGCCAUACACCAAGGUUUAUUUUUGUCAAAGAGCAACAUUCACCUUUAUUGUAAACAUUGCAAACAUUAAAAUCCUCCAUAAUGUGACUAUAUCUUUUGGAAAGCUCUCUCCAGACGACAAAUUCCAUGUGUCUUACCCUUCAAACCACUGAAAUCUGAUUGGCACUUUACACAGACUCCGGUGGAAUGAAGGAUAAAAUACAUGGAUGGUUUCAUUAGAGCAGCGAGCGUGCUGGCACCUCCGGUGAGGAAUCACUGGGAAUGAGAUAGAUGACACGGCUGAUUCCCUUCAACACUUUCAAUGAUGUCAUUCUUUCUUUCUUUUUCUGUUGAGAAAGAAGUGGCAGUUUAGUUCAAAGGAACAAACAUGAAAAACAGGUUCCGUUUGUGUGUAUGUUCAUGUCUCUUUCUACGUGUGCAUGUGAGUGUGUGUGUGUGUGUGUGAAGGGUGUGACAGGCAGGCCGCUCCCUGCACAAGACAGGACCUGUUUUCACUGUUUUCCAUCCUUCUGGAGUCUUUUGAGCCCAAUGAAUGCAGGGUGCUGUUAAACAUGUAGACACCAAACCAACACAAAUGUAACCGUCUAUUACUGCCUAACUCUCAAAUCACCAAUCACCUUUCAGCUCUCACAUUUCUCCUCCAAGACUUAAUUCUGCAGCUAAAACAGAACUUGCAAUAGCUGGUAAAUAUACAUUGUCAUCAUCUGUUCACCCUCUGACUGCAACUCACCUGAUUAACAAGGCAAGAUGUGUGAAAUGCAGAAGCUAGCAGGAAAAAUAACACCAGUGCUUAACAUUUACCAAAGAAAUAAACCUACAAAUGCUAACUUUUCUGUUUUUUUUUGUCUGUAGUUAGACAAGGUAUACAACACAAACCUGUACAAAAGCCACACAUAAAAAAAAGCUGUCAACUUGUCCAGAAUGGUCUGUUAAAUGAAGUCAAAGGGUUGCAGUAAAUCCGGCCAGCCGAUCCACCCCUGCUGUGCCUGAUGUCAGUCUGUUUACCUGCACCAGGUACACGCAUUUUUGUCCCCUGUGUCCACCAAUGGCGAUGCUGCAACAGGGUUAAACCUCGCCCCUUUUCUGGUUUGUCCACACCCUAAUUGGCAACUUUUACUCAGGAAUUGAAUGUUAAACCAAACCCUUUCCUCCCCCGCAGAAAACUUUUUGAAUUACACAAACAUCAGAAUCUGAAUCACCACAAUCACUGUGUGCAACAUGCAGAAAUUUGUGCUGGUUGUACUAAUGCAGGGGCAAAUUGGUAACUAAUAUGGUAUUACAUGUAAAAACAGUGUGAUUCAACAACAUUAACAACACAAUAACCUCCCAGAAUCAAUUAAGACUAAUUUGAUAAUGAUACAUGAAAGCAUUUUCAAAGCAUCAUCAACCUGUUUACAUCUAAAUUAUCAAUUAAAUCCAGUAACCUUGAAAGUUAUUCUAGUUAUUAAUCCCAUAAAAAUCUUCUCUCUGAUGUUUUUCCAGUUAAGAAGAGUUCUGGCUGACAACAGCAACUGGAAACUUUGGGGCUUAUUACUGUGGUGAAAAUGUAGCGGUAAUAAACACAUCCUGCGGUACUUUCAAAACCCAAAUUUUAUGGAAAUGACAGACGUAAUAAGCCCUUUUUAUGUUUGCUGAUAUCGUCUUUGCCUUUCCUUCAAAGGGAUGUUUCUUUUGGCAUGUUGUUAGAGGAUUUAUUCCCUGUUUGAGUGAAGCUACUGAUGGAGAAUGCCAUAGAAAAACUGUACUUUUAAGUUAAUCAACUAAUUUGGUGGGGUUUUUUUGCAAUGUGCAGGACUGAUUGUAAAAAAAAUGCAUGUCGUAGAAAUGGGUUUUUAUUCAGUGCAGUGUCCAUUUGGUGUUCCUUUGGACUCAAAUAAAGAAAAUACUUAAAUUA